AUGUCGCUUCCAUCGGACUUCCUGUGGGGCUUCGCCACUGCUGCCUACCAGAUCGAGGGUUCGACUGAUGUCGACGGCCGCGGCCCGUCCAUCUGGGACACCUUCUGCGCCAUCCCCGGCAAGAUCGCUGAUGGCAGCUCUGGUGUUGUGGCCUGCGACUCGUACAAGCGCACCAAGGAAGAUAUUGCGCUGCUGAAGGAGCUGGGUGCCAAGUGCUACCGCUUCUCCAUCUCGUGGUCGCGCGUCAUCCCGCUGGGCGGCCGCAACGACCCCAUCAACCAGGCCGGCAUCGACCACUACCGCCAGUUUGUCGACGACCUGCUCGAGGCCGGCAUCACCCCCUUCAUCACCCUCUUCCACUGGGAUCUGCCCGACGCCCUGGACAAGCGCUACGGCGGCCUGCUCAACAAGGAGGAGUUCACCGCCGACUUCGAGAACUAUGCCCGCCUCAUGUUCAAGUCCAUCCCUAAGUGCAAGCACUGGAUCACCUUCAACGAGCCCUGGUGCUCCGCCAUCAACGGCUACAACCUGGGCAUCUUCGCCCCCGGCCACACCUCCGACCGCAACAAGUCCCCCGUCGGCGACAGCGCACGCGAGCCGUGGAUCGUCGGCCACAACAUUCUGAUCGCCCACGGCAAGGCUGUCAAGGUCUACCGCGAGGAGUUCAAGCCGACCCAGGGCGGCGAGAUCGGCAUCACCCUGAACGGCGAUGCCACCUACCCCUGGGAUCCCGAGGACCCGGCCGACAUCGAGGCGUGCGACCGCAAGAUCGAGUUCGCCAUCAGCUGGUUCGCCGACCCCAUCUACUUCGGCGACUACCCGGCGUCCAUGCGCAAGCAGCUGGGCGAGCGCCUGCCCACCUUCACCGAGGAGGAGGUCGCCCUCGUCAAGGGCAGCAACGACUUCUACGGCAUGAACCACUACACUGCCAACUACAUCAAGCACCGCAAGGGCACUCCGCCCGAGGACGACUUCCUGGGCAACUUGGAGACCCUCUUCUACGACAAGAACGGCAACUGCAUCGGCCCGGAGACGCAAUCCUUCUGGCUGCGCCCCAAUGCCCAGGGCUUCCGCAACCUGCUCAACUGGCUGAGCAAGCGCUACAACUACCCCAAGAUCUACGUCACCGAGAACGGCACCUCGCUCAAGGGCGAGAGCGAUCUGCCCCUCGAGCAGGCCCUCGAGGACGACUUCCGCUGCAAGUACUUCCACGACUACGUGCACGCCAUGGCCAAGGCGGUCGAGGAGGACGGCGUCAACGUCAAGGGCUAUAUGGCUUGGUCGCUUCUCGACAACUUCGAGUGGGCCGAUGGUUAUGUCACCCGCUUCGGUGUCACGUAUGUCGACUACAAGGACAACUGCAAGAGGUAUCCUAAGAAGAGUGCCCGUCAGAUGAAGCCGCUGUUCGACAGCCUGAUUAAGAAGGCUGAGGUCGAGGCUGCUGAGGCUGCCAAGCCUGCUCCCGCCGUGGCUGAGGAGCAGGCUGAAGAAGCUGACGCCUAG